AUGGAAUCUAACCCAAACAACCCUGAGAAUGAACUCAAAAUAUGCUACAAGGCUGAAUCCAGACACCAAAACCAGCACCAAGAGGCUAAUGUGCCUCCUGGGGUGAGAGGAGGGAAUGAGACCAUCCAGGUCAAAACGUCAGUAGAUUCUCUUAUGCAAACCAAAACACCAAGCAGUACUGUUACACCAAGAACUCCAACCACUUUAGCUCCUGCAUCUGCUACAUCAUCACCAGCUACAUCAAGAGCACCCUUUGUCCCAGCAGCUACAGCUUCGUCCAUUUUUUCCUUGGCGAAAAGUGUCCAACAAACAUCCUUUUCUCAAAUCCCUAGAACUAUGUCCAGCCCAAAGCUCAGAGCCAGUCCCACUCCAGUGGACAGACCUGAAUCAUUCUGUAAGGGGAGAAGCAAAGAGAUGGUGCCCUUACUCAUACACCAUCUUAAAUCUAAUGACAACAGGUUAUGUGUGAUGGAAGAUAAUCAAGGGGUCCAAAGUGUGCAGCAAAUGGAGACAAAAGAAAGCAAGAUAGAAAUAUUUCAGAGGAAUAAAGACGAAGAGAAAACCAGACCCAGGACAGAAGAAGAAGGUAUGCUUAAAGACAUACAAGUGGGAUGCGCUCUCAAAGGGAGUGACAUCACUCUUCAGACAGCAUCUAAACGUUCCCUUUUUCCUCCAGAGGGAACGACCACCUCUGUAUCGCGGGUGGAGAAGACAGCAGGCCAGACAGAUGGAAAUGCCAUGGCCCAGAUCAACAGUUUCAAAGAUGCAGCAACAAUGACUGAAGAGAACCCUGAUCCUGUCCAAAGACUUGAUGCUGCCCUGCAGGCAGAGCUCAUGUAUAAGGAUGCUGAAGUUCAGGCUGUUGUAGAGGGCAACAACAAGUCCACCUCCAUGAGUCCAAACAUGACGUACCCAUCCUGGAGCCAAAUGGAUCUUAUAGCUAACCUCAGAAACCAUGAGAAUGUUUCUGGAAAUGCUAGAACGAGCAUACAAAAUGGACUUGGCCAAGUUGUCAGCUUAGAAUCAGGUUUAGCACCAAUAAACUUUGCAUCAGAGGGAUCCAUGGUUAAAAGUUUGAGCCCAACCCCUUACCGGUCUUCCAUAUCCUUUAAACCUGCUCUGCAACACGUCUGUGAAAUUCAGAUCGAAUUGCGCAGCCAGUCUACUCUGUCUGACAGUCUGGCUUUGCCAGAGGAAGAGGAGUCUCAACCUUCUUCAUCUAGGUCUGGCCCUGAAAGGGAACCCAAAGAAGUGGACAGAGAAGAAGACCAAGCAGUGACUGGUCCACUUCCGGAGGUAGCGUGGGAUGAGCAAGGCAUGACGUGGGAGGUAUAUGGAGCAGCUGUGGAUAUGGAGUCUCUUGGCUUUGCCAUUCAGAAUCACCUCCAGCACAAAAUCCAAGAACACGAGCAGCGCAUCGGUCACCUCCGCAAGUCUAUCUCACUCUCUGAGUACUCAAACAGUGAUGGGAAAAGAGGAAGUAAGAACAAAAAGAAAAGGAAUGUCUUCCGCUCACUAUUCCAAACAUCGACUUGUUGCUUAAAGACCAAAUCUGAAGCCUAA